CCUCCCCGCGCUCCCUCUAACAUCUUAACGGUGUCAUGAAAAUCCCUCCCAGCAGCGCGAGUCGAGAGCAUCUCCCCUGUCCUCCCCCUGCUCCUUCAACCUUUGCUCUUUGUCUUUGUUUCGCUUCACCCUUCCUCCGGUAGCUCUCACUGCACUGGCCACAGACUUCCUUUAGGUCAGCCCAGCUGCGGCUGCAACACAACUUGCAGCCAAGUCGCAAACACUGUUGUGCCAUUGAGACUGCACCGGAGGAGAGAAAUGCCAGCCAGAGAUUGAUGGCCCACUCAGUCUGACAAUCUGAGUCUCCAGGAAUGCCAGGGAAACCUCUCCGGAUCAGAGGAGACAGGAGAUGGAGUUACAAACAUUGCACCUACAAGCUGAGGUGGAAGGAGGCUGAGAAGUGAGGAUGAGCACACAUUCCUUAUUGGCCCUGAGGUGGCCGACAGCAGAAGCACCCUUUCCCUUAUGGGGAAUAAAGUGCAUCCAUUAAAGUACACUUUGAUGCGUGUGUCCUGAUGGUUUUUGUAUCCUCCCAGACAGUCCAUCCCCAUAACAUUGUGGCUUUUUUGUACCUGUUGGCUGCUUGGCAGCCCCCACCACACACCACUGGGUGCAGGGCACUGCUGCCAUGAAGGACUCGGUUAAACACAUGGUACUAAAGACACAUCUGUGUCAGGAGUGCGGCAAAUCCUUCAGCAAGAAGGGGAACCUGAAGAGACACCAGAGGAUCCACACGGCAGAGGAGCUCUUCAGUUGUGGGGAGUGUGGGAGGCGUUUCACCACCCGGGGCCACCUUACAACCCACCAGAGCAUCCACACAGGAGAGAGGCCCUUCUGCUGUAGGGAGUGCGGACGCUGCUUCCGCCUGGAGAUAUGCCUGGCUGCCCACCAGAAGACACAUUCCAAGGGGGGUCCCUACCUCUGUGCCCACUGCGGCAAGACCCUGAGCACAAAGAUCUACUUCAAUAUCCACAUGCGGACACACACAGAGAAGAGGCCAUUCGCCUGCACUGAAUGUGGGAAGAGCUUUGUGAAGAAGGGGACCCUCACUGCACAUAGAGAGAUCCACAAGCGGGACAAGCCCUUCAAAUGCCCCGACUGCAGUAGGUGCUUUGGGCAAAGUGCCACACUGCUGGCCCACCAGAAGAUACACCUCCGCGGGGGGCCUUUCAUUUGCACUGAGUGUGGGAAGAGCUUGAGCACCAAGCGGUAUUUCAACGUCCACCAAAGGAACCAUGCUAAGCAAAAGCCACUCGAGGGACAUAUCAAUGGUGUGUCUCUCCAGGUCAUCCAGAUUAAAGAGGAGCCUGAUUUUGCCAUCAGGUCAGAGGACAAUAUGUUGGAGAAUAUGUCCUAUGAAGAAGGCGUAGCCCAGGGGUGUAACAUACCUAGAAACCCAUCUAAUCCAAAAAGCCCUCCUUGGAAAAUCCAGAUGAAGGAGGAACCAGAACUACCCACUGAUGACACAACAAACAUUACUACAAUAGCCUGCCAGAAACUUUACAUCAAGAAGGAGCCACCAGAAAACCCAGACUAUGGAAAGCAAUUUGAUCCAAAGAUCCAACUGAUGGCUUUACAGGCGAGAGAUCUUAAAAAAGAAGAAGAUGCUGAUGGGCAGCAUGAACGGGAAGUCAUAGCCAGUAACCGGGUGCUCCAUGUGAAGGAAGAACAACAGGAAAGCGUUGAGUUUGGGAUGCAUUAUGGGCAGAAGCCUAACCUCUGUGCUAUCCAGAGGAUCCAAAUCAAAGAGGAACCUGGUGUGGAGACCAACCACCAGGAAAGCCAGAGCCCAAAGAGGAAGCAGAAGAAAUACUUUCAGCCCACCAAAGAGGGAAUGCUGGAGAACUGGGAGAAAUCCAUGUCCAAGAAAGAUCCCUCAGCAAAAGGAGCAAUCAAGUGUGAACGGAUAUUCCCCUGUCCUGAGUGUGGGAAGAGUUUCAACCAGAAAUCAAACCUGACCAGGCACAGGAAAAUCCACACGAGCGAGGGACCAUACAAGUGCAGCGAGUGUGGGGAGAGCUUCCGCAUGAACCGCAAGCUGAUCCGCCACCAGCGAGUCCACAUGAGUGAGCCCUUCAAAUGCACCGAGUGUGGGAAGAGCUUCACCCAGCGGUCAAAUCUGGUCCGGCAUCAGAGGAUCCACACCAAGGAAGAGCCCUACCAGUGCCCUGAAUGUGAGAAGACCUUCAACCAGAAGGCCAACCUCUUCCGGCACCAGACAAUCCAUGUCCGCAUGGGGCCUUGCAAGUGCACCAAGUGUGGGAAAUGCUUCCCUCAGAAGCGCCAUCUUAUUAAACACCAGCUGCUCCAUUCCCGAGGUGGGGCCUACAAGUGUGGGGUCUGUGGGAAGCGCUACCGGCUGAAGAAGUACCUGAGGAGGCACCAGAAAAUUCACGCACGGGAAGGAACUGCUUCCUGUGCAAAACGGGGGGAGGCCACAAGGACUGGUGGAGGACCCCAACACAGUGAGCAGACAGCUCUGGCCCCCGUGAAGAGUGAAGAGGAGAGCUGAGUGGGUCUGGUGCCUACUCAUGGGGGAAAAUCCUUUGGGAAAAGGAAAGGAUGGAGAGAAACUGCCGGCCUUAUGUGUGCAGUAUCUGGGGAUGAGGAGGACAACCUUGAGGGGACAGUGAGGUCAAGGGGGCAGAGCACUGCUGGAAACUGGUCCUCUGCUGCUGUUUUCAGAGUACAACCCCCAGGGUAUCACCUGCUCAUAGCUGUGUAAUGGGGCUGGAGAGCCAAGCCUUCUCAGAGUACUUGGAAAUGGAGGGAUAAGAGCUGGACAUCCUUUGUAACGGUAUGCUUAGGCCUCUAAAGCCUGCCAAAGUUGUGGAUGUCAAAAUUGUCUUGCAUGGCCAAUAUAUAGACAGGAGGACCAGACAGAAUUUAUUUUUAUUACAUUACUGUGUUUAUGAGAAAGCUGAAGGGACCCUCUCCAAUCUAGGUAAGUGUCUAAAGCAAGGGCCAACUCCUUGUCCUCAUGUAGCUCUGAUCCACACCUUGAUCCUACUGGGCUGAUGAACCCUAGUCAACUGGGUGGUACAGAUUUGGGAGAAACUACUGCCAGCCAGACCAGAGUUUUAAGCCUUGAAUCCCCCAAACCAGCCUCCCAGAUUGGCUUAAACCACAUCCCUAAAAGUAAGUUAUGCAAAAUUAAUGACUGGUUUUCCAAAGUUAACCCAGAGGCCAGCAGAUAGCAUUCUGGUUUGUGCCCCCACAACCCCGCUGCUUUUUCUUAGCAUCGAGUUUUACAUCUCUGAUGAGAAGAUGGCUUUGCCACCACAAGUCCCAGAGGCAUCAGUGACUUCACCAGCUUCACUGAGCUACACCAGUGCUGGUUCUCAGUCACCUGCUUCCCUACCUGUUACUGUGAAGCUGUUCUUGGUAGAAUAUUGACUUUAUUGGGCAUGAUUUAGGGAAUUCAAACCAAGCAGCAGGAAUAGUUAAAACAGUAUUCAGACAUUAUGGACUAGAGGACUGGAAACUAUUUCCCUGUUGGGAUGUUUUCGCUUCGUCUCAGUGGUGUAGAGAUUGUACAGCUACUCAAAAGCACGGACAGUUCAGCAGUCUUUAUUGCUCACUGUUAAUGAUUUUGUUUGAGUGUUCCCUAGUCAGAUGGAUCUUUGUGUCUUGAAAGUCCCCAGUGAAGCAGAGAUGUGGAGGGAAUCCACAAUCCCCUGAGCCACUCCCCAAGAUUUCUCUGCAGCACUGCUACAUGGCCACCUGGGCCAUAUUGGGGUUUGUUGUGUUGCUGUAAUACAUAGAGUCCAAGAGGUAAGUGGAAAAGUGUUCUAUGGUGAAACAGUAGCUCUACCUCUCUGGUUUUAUGCAAGAAAAGGUGGCCCCUCCCCAUCCUCAAGAAAUACACUACCUCCUUCUCCCAGGGCGUUGGAGAUGUCACCCUCUUAGAGGCAGCUGAAAGUCAUGCCGCAUGACUUUAGGCAACUAUCUGAUGUGAAUCUUCAGACCCAAGCUGUUGUCUGCACUGCCUUCUCUGGAAUAGCUGUCUCUCUAGGCAGGGAAGCUGAGGAAUAGAGCAAAGGAAAGGAACAGGACAAACUGUUCUUGACCAACUACUUGGACACCAUUGAGUUGAGGUGCUUAGAUGCAAUGAUCCAAGCACAACACUGAGCACAGCUGCCAAGCCACAAAAGUACAGAGUAGUUUUGGUGUUUAGACUCCUUCAGCCUUUGAUAUAGUCAGGCCCAGGACAUUACUUCAAACAGCAGAGCAAGGUCUGACAGCCACUGGAGGACCCUACCUCAGUACCCUCACCUAUAAACUGUAGCAAAGCUGGUUGCUAUGAAGUUUCCCCUCAAAUCCCCCAGACUCAGGGGACAUUCCGUUCUGGGGCAGAAAAUGCAGACAUAUAGGGGAAAAUAACAAGUUUAGGAUGUUCUAGGGGAGAAUAAGGAAUACCCUUGUUAUAAAAAUGGGUCUGGGCCAUAUGGUAGGUAGAUACUUCACUGCAGGACUGUGAAACUAUCUUCCUUGGGAAGAGUAUGGCUAAGUCAAACUAGCAAAGCAAAACAGCGUCUGUUAGGCUUGCUGAGGAGCAGAAGUACAGCAGAGCCCUUCAUCAGGUAGAAAGUAGUCACCACAUAACUAACAUUUAUUUCCUUUUCACUAGCAUAGGACUGUAGAGAUUUUUACCAGAAAGAUGAACUGGUAUGAGAGGUUUGCCAGUUGUAUUAUUGUGUGCCUGUACAUAGACAGGGUGAUGAGUCAAUGUGAGUAGUUUUCCUGGACAUCACUGGAUCUUCCACAAUUGACCAUCACCAGUGCAGGUGUCCUAGCUUCUGGGAAAAAUCAGGGCUGAUAGUUUGGAAUAACUCUUCAAUAA